AUGCUCGAAAUAGGUGUACCCCACGUCAUCUUCCAGUCGGGGAGUGCGCUGAGUGAAAUUUUUUAUGAUGAUGUUAAUAAAAAGAUUGUAACAGUUCGUGGCGAAGAUGUCGUGGAAGUAAAGGCUUAUGGACUAGAAUCAGAUGAGAUCACUUCAUUUCGAUUGAAGAACAGGAAUAAAAUUCGAGCUAUUAAAUUUUCUCCAGACCAACGCUUGAUAUGUGUGCAAUAUGAUGAAUCUACUGUUGAUUUUAUAAACUUCACAGCUCUUAGUACCAACUCUUUAUCUACAUGUUUCUCACAGUCAGCGAAAAAUUGUUCAGCACAUAUCAUCGGCCUGGAGUGGAUCCUGAACAGCCAGAUCCUGUUUAUUACAAACCAGGGAUUAGAGUUGUAUCAAAUAAAUCAAGGAAAGAAAUCAGUGAAGCUUUUGAAAUCGUAUAAUAUUUCAUUAUAUUGGUACUUAUAUUAUCCUUAUUCACAGCUGAUUAUUGUGUCAUCUGGAGUUGCUGGUGCUUUAUUAAAUCCAUUUGCUGUUCAGAAUGGAAAUAUACAUCGAUUAGUGAAGUUCGAAGUUGAGUUUAGUCGUUCGAAUACAAAACCGCGAUUAUUGGAACGAGAAGUAUUCGUCAUAUCUUUAUAUAAUACGUUAUACAUAGCAGCGUUACGUAGUAGUACUCGCGACUCCACUAGUACUGAUAUCGCUUUGUAUAAAAUGAGUACGGAUGGUAUGGAAAUACCAAAGCUUGCUCAUAUUUUGUAUUUGGAUAUGGUUGGUGCCUUUGCUUUGCACGGAUUUAACAACUUGGUUAUUGUGCACCAUCAGAGUUCAAAAACAUCAUUAAUUUUUGAUAUUGGUUUGGAAGAAGUUCCAAAAGCUGGUUGCAUCUUGCAUCCUCUUUUUAAAACUUCGUUAAAUUGUUCGGAUUCGCUAAAAACCAAAUUUAAUCACGAAUUCAAGCUCUACAGUCCUUCUUGGGUGAUGUUUCAACCAAACUUUAUUACGGACGCAAGUGUUGGCGUUUUCACAUCGGUUUCGUUAGAUCCAGUUGAAGCUGGAAAUUGUAUUGAGGACAAAUAUCAGUACUUACGUUUCCUAUACAAUAGAUGUAUUCCGAAGUCAGCAUUUUUGGAUAUUUUGAGACAUUGCAUGGUUGAUAAUAAAUUGAAACUAAAGCAGCUGGCACAUGUUUUCAAUUGGUUUGCGAAAGCGAUUGCUAAACGUGCUUUACCAGUCUUGAAACACAGCGAUAGUGGUGUAAAAUAUACUUUAAUGGCUGAACCAUACGAAGAAAUUGCUAUUGAACAAGGAGACGUUGUGGGUAAUCUAUUUCUGCUGCCGGAUGACUAUACGUUGGAUCAGAAGCAGCGUUUUCUGCAAUAUAUGUUGCGCUAUCUUACAGCUUUGCAAGAAAACAAGUUAGAAGUGCAGCCUUACUUUCUCAAUGAAAUAUUGGUACCCACUAUGAUUACAAUGGGACAGUUGGAAAGACUUCAUCAGUUGCUGUUGUAUCGCAUUAUUCCAGACUCCAAACAACUUGCAUUUCAACUUCUCUCGCAUGAAGCAAAAUAUUCUCCCUUUGUUCAACUCGCUCUAGAUAUGCUCUCAAGGCUUGGCACUGCUACCGAAGAAAUUGUUGAAAUUUUAAUAUCUAGAAGAUUGGUUGUAGAAGCCAUCAGAUUCCUGGAAAAUUCACAAUCAGCAGAUAAAGUGAAUGGCUUAAAGCUCAUUGAGAGUGCAUGGAAGGAAAAUCGUUUGAUUCGUUACGCUGUCUUCUCAUACUUCCUUGAACGUGGUUCGAAAGUUAAAAACUGCAAUACAAAUUCCGGACAAUUCGAAGAAUUUUCCAAGAAAUUUGAAACUUUAUUUAAUGAUGAAGAGAUUAAAGUUGCCAGAAGAGAGUUUCAUUUCAUGAGCACUUCCGGAAACGAACUGUAG